AUGAGCAUAAUGACGCCAAAGAUAUUAGGUGCAUGUUUUGAAGCCCUAAAUGCAGAUAACAAAAACCUUCGGGCAGACCAAAGAAGGAUGGUCGAAGACAUACAAAAAGUAAGGGAAGAAUCUAUGGAUUUGAUGUCUCAACUUCUACAGAACAUGUAGCGAUUUUAGCUGACAGUAUGUACGAGAUUGGAGGCUUUGGAGAAAAAAGAACAUCAUAAUUUGCAACCAACAUCAAGCUACCGACAAGCACAAGCAAAAUCACAACACGAUGUACCACCUCCUCACCCUCCUCAAGAAUACAUUCUGAAUGACACCAGCUGGUCAUACAGUCGUACAGUACACCCAAAAAAAGGAAAUACUAAUCUUUGA